GCCUGUGCUGCUGCUGACUGGGACGCCUGAGAGGCAGCUGCAGCAGCAGCCACAUCUCGCAUAUAACUGUCUUGCUUAACUUGCUUCUGUCUUCACUGCCUCUUGCAACUCUUCCUCCUGCAGCGCUCCGGAUAACUCCUUCACAGCUACUGCAGACCUGGGGAGAUAGAGGCUGUGUAUGGAGACUUCUGAGGAUUAAAUCAACUUUCGGAAUCCCAGCCCUGCAAGCUAGUCCCGAAGAGCUGCUGAGCCUUUGCAAGUUUACUCUACGCGAAUCUGACCCAGCCUUUACUUAGUGACUUCAUGUUUUAACCUCUUUCCAGCCUCUAUUUUCUUUCUGCCUACUGCUCCCUUCUGUAUUGUGGAGAGCCCCAUAAUAUUAGCAGGGGUGCACGAGUCACAGGCUGGGGGCUGUUGAGGAAGAUUAACCCUUUCCUUUUCUUGUGUGUGUGAAAAGCCUGACUUUCCCUUUUCUAUUAUUCCCUCAUUGCAUUUUAAUUGCACAUUUUGCCUGUUCUUACCUCCCACCCCCACCCUUUGUUAUUCCCCUGGAUUUGCAAAUUUUCUCUCCCUGAUUAAAAAAGUGUCACAGGUGAUGACAGUUUUUCUGUUGCAAGUUUCGUUCCUGCUGGUGCUAAGUUUUAGCCGGGCCUUUGCAGAGCCCUUUGUGGCCAAUGGCAAGUGUCCAGCUCGUUGUGAUGUCUCCAAGUGCCCAAGUCCCAGCUGCCCAAGCGGCUACGUCCCUGAUCGUUGCAACUGCUGCCUCAUCUGCGCUGCGGGAGAAGGUGAUUCCUGUGGCCGCAAGGAAGACCCACCGUGCGGGGACAGCCUGGAUUGCAAGCACCCCAUGGGCAAGCGCUUCGGCAAAGGCGUAUGCCAGUGCAAGCUCAGCUACCAGGUGUGCGGCAGCGAUGGCAGGACCUAUGACAAUGUGUGUCAGCUGAAGGCGGUGAGCCGUAAGGCUUUACAACAGGGGUUGCCAGCUGUCAUCCAGAUCCAGAAAGGCACCUGUGAAUCGGGUCACCAACAGCCCAACAGCCCAAGAUACAAGUUUAACUUCAUUGCAGAUGUGGUGGAAAAGAUUGCGCCCGCAGUUGUACACAUUGAAAUUUUCCUGAGACACCCUCUCUUUGGCCGAAAUGUCCCCUUGUCCAGUGGAUCUGGGUUCAUAAUGUCAGACUCAGGUUUAAUUGUUACCAAUGCCCAUGUGGUGUCAAGCAGCAACGCUAUAUCAGGACGACAACAAUUAAAAGUGCAGCUACAGAAUGGAGAUACCUAUGAAGCAACAAUCAAGGACAUUGACAAGAAGUCUGAUAUAGCAACAAUAAAGAUUCAUCCUAAAAAAAAACUCCCCGUAUUAUUACUGGGCCACUCGGCUGAUCUGCGUCCUGGGGAGUUUGUUGUGGCUAUUGGGAGCCCCUUUGCCUUGCAGAACACUGUGACAACAGGUAUUGUCAGCACUGCUCAGCGAGAUGGAAAGGAGCUAGGCCUGAGGGACUCGGAUAUGGAUUACAUUCAGACAGAUGCCAUUAUCAAUUAUGGAAACUCAGGAGGACCUCUAGUUAAUUUGGAUGGUGAAGUGAUUGGAAUAAACACUUUAAAGGUUACUGCUGGAAUUUCCUUUGCUAUUCCUUCUGAUCGCAUCUCUCAGUUCCUCACAGAGUCACAUGACAAACAAAAUAAAGAUGGGAAAAAACGCUUCAUUGGCAUAAGGAUGCUGACAAUAACACCCAUUCUUGUGGAAGAACUAAAACUCAAUAAUCCUGACUUUCCUGAUGUCAGCAGUGGAAUUUAUGUACAUGAAGUUGUCCCAAAUUCACCUUCUCAGAGAGGUGGCAUCAAAGAUGGAGACAUCAUUGUUAAAGUAAAUGGACGUCCUUUGAUGACCUCCAGUGACCUGCAAGAGGCUGUGAUGAAUGAGUCACCUCUACUACUUGAAGUUCGAAGGGGAAAUGAUGACUUGCUAUUUAACAUAGAGCCUGAAGUUGUCAUGUAAAUCAAACUGAGGAAGCUCACACCAUAACUAAACUCACUUAUUCUGAAACAUCAGAUACCUCCUUUACAGCUGCAGUGAUUAUACUUCCUGUUGACUAAUGACAAGGUGGACUAACUUGAUUGCCUGAGCCAUAUCUGUACAUAGUAAUUAAAUUUAAUUAGGUUACAAAAUAAAAACAAACUUGAUUUUACCUUCAAAGCAAUUUUGUUAAAAAUAUUUUGAGGAUAACAAGAAACAACCCCACAGUGUGUAAAUUGGGCACAUUAAUCAUAUAUCUGCCAUUGUAGGGGCCUUAGGCACUGGUGCACUUUGGCCCUUCUGUUUUCUGCCUGCGGCACAUAAUAGUCUAAUCUCCUGUGACCGUAAUGCUUCGGUCUAAUUUUGGUUGUUGGCUUUAGUGUAUGGGUACUGGGUGGUAUUGAUGGCUGUGAUGUACAGGAGUUCAGACUGGAACUGGUGGUCCCUCUGCCUUAAACUCUAUGACUCUUUCUGGAGUGUAACUAUAGAA